AUGACUUCCACUCCUCUGCACCAAGCCAUCUUGCUGGGGGACCUCGAGGCUGUGAAGUCGCUUCUCCAAAGGAAGUCCGAGGCUCCACGCAUUGUGAACCUGCCUGACCUGCUUCUGGAGCGGCCCCUUCACGUUGCUGCACGCUCCGGCGGCGAGCAUGUGCGGAGCAUGACGAGGGCGCUGAUCGCAGCCAGGGCGGACUUGAAUCUGCAGAAUAAACUUGGUGAGACACCUUUGGAUUACGCGGCUUACUGGCAGAUGGAACAUGCGCUGGUCGGAGAGUUCCGGAAAGAACGGCACUGCAAACAAGUGGCAAGGAUUUUGUGCAAAGCUGGGGGUGUCCGAAAGACGACGUGCCUGAACAACCAGCACUGGAACGACCUAUUUCAGAAGUGGAUCAAGCUCAAGGGCAAUGUUGAGGAGAUCGUGUCCUCAACGUCGGGUGAAGACGCGAGCGUCCACACACGGAAACGAGAACGUGAACGCUUGCCUGCAAAAGCUGCAAGAGCAAGAGUUUUUCCAACCAGAACGGCUCGGACUGAUCGCGAGGCGCCUACAAAGGCAAGCGCGAUGAAAAGUAAUCAAUACAGAAGUCUUCCACGGCAAGGCAUCAUACGCCUGGACGCUCUGCUCCCUUACCGCAAGUUCUUCAGCAACUGCUUCCGCGACGGACGGAGGCUGGCUCAAUUGGUAGAGGAGCUGAUCAGCGGCCGCUGGCCAGUUCUGGACACCGAGUUCCUUCGGUUGCGCUGCGUCCUUGUGGACGGCAGGCUCUUCUGCAGGGAUGUCCAUCGUCUUUGGUGCCUCAAGGCCUAUCAAGAUCAUCUGCAGGACAUAGUUUUUGUCAACGUGAACAUCAGUUCGGAAAAGAAAGCAACUCGCAUCCGACGGCGCCGCAGAAAACGCUCCAGCGAUCUUGAGCAAGAUGCCACGACAGGCAUUCGGAGACCAGGUGGGAGGCAGAGGAGACAGGAGACAGCACAGAAGGAUGAUGUUAUCGUGGUGGACGAAAAGAUGCUCAGCUGCAGCGCCGCCUCUUCCCAAAUGAGGAAGGCAGCGAAGCGUGCAAAAGAAACGCAGUCACGAGCCAUGAAAGAUCCUGACGGAUGGAAGCCCAUGCUGCAUUUGCGCGGCGGUCCGACGCGGCCUUGA